AAUCCUACAGACUCACUCUUCUUGCUGUAUAUUGUAAAGUGCGGUGAUGGAAUCCGCUUGGGUGAAUACGACGCUGGAUCUCAACGUUAACCCUUUUUUUCAUACCAAUCAAGCUCCGAAGAGAGAAGCCGAUGGGAAAAUGGCCGACUUUGAAGUGAAAUCCCCAAUUAAACAAGAGCAGAUUGGAAUUUUGGUGGAAGAACUGAACCGAGUUAGCGCCGAGAACAAGAAGCUAACCGAGAUGCUAACGGCUUUAUGCGAGCACUACGCGACUUUGCAAAAACAAUACGAGGAACUGGUGAGUAAGAACACUGAAACUGGAUCUUCAAAGAAGAGGAAAGCCGAAUGUGAAGAUUACAGUACCGCCGUGAUUGGCUUCACUACAAACGCCGAGAGCAGCUGUAGUAUUGAAAAUUCAUGCAAAAAGCCCAAGGAGUGCAUUAAUGGCAAAAUUUCAAGAGCCUGCGUGCGCGCAGAUCCUUGUGAUAACAGCCUGAUUGUGAGAGAUGGAUAUCAAUGGAGAAAAUAUGGUCAAAAGGUCACAAGAGAUAACCCGUCCCCCAGGGCUUACUUCAAGUGCUCCUUUGCCCCAAGUUGUCCGGUGAAGAAAAAGGUGCAAAGAAGUGCUGAAGAUCCAUCCAUCUUGGUUGCUACCUAUGAAGGAGAGCACAACCAUACACACCAUUCUCCGUCUGCAUUAUCGUCGGCCAACAACUCUCGCUCAGCUCGUGUCUCUUCUUCUUCAUCGGCUCCCGCUGUAACUGUGGACUUGACGAAACCAGCUGGAUCGGAUGAUGAUACCAAAAAACCUACCCAAAAGGUUGAUCAACCGGCGAUUCAACAGAUUUUGGUUCAACAAAUAGCGGCUUCUUUGACUAGGGACCCCAAUUUCACGGCGGCACUUGCUGCAGCCAUUUCUGGAAAAGUUGUAGACCAGAAGUUGUGAGAUUCAACAAACUUGGGGAGAACAUACCAUGGUUCUGUACUUUUUCUUUUUUGUUGAAAUUGGUAGAGAGAGUUUGAAUUGAAAUGAUGUAAAUAGAAUAUUGAAUCUAAUAUAUAUAUA